ACAGAGGUCGAUAAAGCGACCACAUCGCCGAAGAGGAAACGAGGUGGGGAAGCCGUCCUCUUAGCUGACCUGACGCCAUGGCUCACUCCCCGAUACAAAGUGGGCUUCCGGGGAUUCAGAACCUCAAAGCCGAUCCAGAGGAGCUUUUCACCAAGCUGGAGAGGAUAGGCAAAGGUUCCUUCGGGGAGGUGUUUAAAGGCAUCGACAAUCGCACUCAGAAGGUGGUGGCCAUUAAAAUAAUUGACCUGGAAGAAGCCGAGGAUGAGAUUGAGGACAUCCAACAGGAAAUCACAGUUCUCAGCCAGUGUGACAGUCCUUUUAUCACCAAGUACUUUGGAUCCUAUCUCAAGGGAACAAAAUUAUGGAUUAUUAUGGAAUAUCUGGGCGGAGGGUCUGCUCUUGAUUUGUUGGAACCGGGCUCCCUGGAUGAGACGCAGAUUGCCACCAUUUUGAGAGAAAUCCUGAAGGGGCUCGAAUAUCUGCACUCCGAAAAGAAAAUCCACAGAGAUAUCAAAGCUGCCAAUGUGUUGCUGUCGGAACAAGGAGACGUGAAACUGGCAGACUUUGGCGUGGCGGGCCAGCUGACGGACACGCAGAUAAAAAGGAACACGUUUGUGGGUACUCCUUUCUGGAUGGCGCCUGAAGUCAUAAAACAGUCGGCGUACGACUCAAAGGCAGACAUCUGGUCGCUGGGAAUCACGGCGAUCGAGCUGGCGAAAGGGGAGCCGCCCCACUCGGAGCUCCAUCCCAUGAAGGUCUUGUUCCUCAUCCCAAAGAAUAAUCCGCCCACGCUGGAGGGAAACUACAGUAAACCACUUAAAGAGUUUGUGGAAGCCUGUUUGAAUAAAGAGCCCAGUUUUAGGCCGACUGCCAAAGAGCUGCUGAAGCACAAGUUGAUUGUACGGCACGCCAAAAAGACCUCCUAUCUGACGGAGUUGAUCGACCGGUACAAGAGGUGGAAAGCGGAGCAGUCGCGAGACGAGUCCAGCUCCGAGGAGUCCGACGAGGAGACGCAAGGACAAGCGUCGGGAGGAGACGCCGCCGCCAAUGAUGACUGGAUCUUCAACACCAUCAGGGAGAAGGACUUGAAGAAGGUGCAGCACAACGGGGCCGUGCAGCCUGCCGAGUUGAAAAUCGAACCGGUUUUACAGGAGCAGGAGAGUCCAAAGAGGCCUCUGUCACAGAGCUUAUCAUCCAUCUUCUCGCCGUUGUUUUCGGAGCUGAAAGCCAAAGGCGAGACCAGCAAUGGCAAGCCGGAGGCUGCGGAGGCCCUGCAGGAGGCCAUUUUAGUGGCCGAAGACAUACAUCCGGGUGUGUGCGACUCGCUGGUGGCCGAACUACUGCAGAGACUUCAGAGGUUUUCUGUGCCUCAGACUGCUGCCACUCAUUGAGAAAAAAAAAAGCACAAUUGAGCACCUCGGUGUGGACGUAUUGAUGAAGACUUGCAAGCCGUCAUAGGAUUUGUGCUCCAUCACUCAUUAGCCUGCCGGUGCACGCGCACGCCGCUAGAAGCCCCCCCUGUCCUCCCCCCUCGAGGGCGGGAGAGUGGACUUAAGCCAUCGUCUCUCUCUCUCUCUCGAGCUCUUAUUUUGGAGGUGUGCGUGUGUGCGUGUGUGUGUGUGAGUGUGCACGCGUGCGCGAAAGCGUUCUUUUGAAAACUCAGGUAUCCUGCUUUUUAAGGUCCUCUGGGGGAGGUCAAAUGAGCUCGACAGGAAGGUUGUACAAACUUGUAAAUAAGCACAUUUCUACGGAUUCAAGAACAAAAUAAUAACGGUCAUAAUAAUCAUCAUCAUAAUAAUGUGGUUGUACAAAUGGCCAAACGCACACUGUAGAUAAUAUUGGCGGUGAGGUAAAUAUUUUGGAAAAUAGAAAGGGCCACACGUGAGAUUGCCUCCUGAGAGUAGACCACGCUUUGAUUUGCGCGGCUUCUGCAUUUGUACAUUUAAAGUCCGUCAUUUCACACCAGGUCAUAGCAAACGUCCUUUCUGGAUCAUUCACGCUCGGCAGCCCCCCGCUCCCCAAAAUGCGCGUGGAUCACGAUAUAAAAAUGUUGUAAUUUUUUUUUUUUUUUUUUUAAUUGAUUGUCAGUCUGGCAUACAUUGUCGACAAAGGGCUUUUUGAAUUGCCAUCUGUUCAAGUUCAUUGCUGUCCCGUGUGUUUUGGUCGUUAGUUUUACACUGUGCGAUAUUCGGGUGCGUGUCAAGAAAUUUGAAUAUCGUCCACGGAUGAAUUGAGUUCCCCGACGAUAUUCACAAUUCAUUGAGACACACUUUCAUGCAAGUAAGCAUAGCCAAAUUUGUCAUCUUGGUGCUGAUCGGAAAAAGUGCGAGAAUCCCCGCCUUCGGCUGUAUGAAAGAAGCGCACUUGAAUUUGGAAUAUGGUUCCACAUGAUGCGCCGGCUUAUACAGGAUGAUCACCGAAUUGCAUUUGGAAUGAUCUCGGUCCUUUUUAAAAAUCAGCCGCUUGUGCGGGGGCUUCGCUUUUUCCUCUCGUCUCGUAGGCGACGAUGCGAUGCGUUGUGCGUAGACUUCUUUCAAGACAGUUGUUUGCCCGCCUUUUUGCCACAUGACCGACUUGGGAUCUUUUCUCCCGGCGUGGUACAGCGCGCUCGAUUUUGCGACUAGUCACACCGUCUUCCUCUGAUUGCACGAACGUCCGAGUUGAAAGAAAUGCCUUUUGGGUGGCCAUACAAAACACACAGGAAUGAGCAGGAGGCGGGACUGUGGAAAAGCGAAGGGCAUGACUUGAGAUCACGUCAAGUGCAGUGAAGAAGAAAUUAGCUCUACGGGGGUCCAACCAACAACCAAAUUGAUACCCAUUGUCCAUUGUUUUAAAAAUUAAUAACCCAUCCUCAGAUUUUUUUUUCCAAUACAGGAAAGAAACAUUUCUCUUUAAUUCAAAUUUUCUGAGUUUCAGCAAAAAAAAAAAAAAAAAAAAAUUCAUUUUCUCCAACACGCCAUGUCUGAUUUCUGAACAUACUGCAUUAAAAUUUCUUGAGGUAAACACCACCUGAAACACUGACGGCAACUCCAGAUUGCUCGUUUUGAUCCCGAAUGUGAAGAUGUGCCCAGUCCAGGGGCGGAUCUAUUCUCGUGGGAUACAGGGCCAAAAUCACCCCCGAAAUCCCCCAAAAUCCCAAUACUACUUGCCUUAUCACCUUUUAACAGAAAGCUGCAAGGAGCAGUUUUCAAACAGAUAAUUAUCGCUUGAUUGCUUUCAGUGUGUUUCGGAAAUGAAAGAUUAAGAAUUUCAAUUUUUUUUUUUUUUUUGUUCUCGUUAAAUUUGGACCCCCGCUGGAUUAAGCGAGUUAUCAACUAGCAGUGGUUGAGCGCGUGGGGACAGUGCAGCAGUAGGACACCCGGUGGUCAGUCCGUGCCACGUAUGCGUUGUAGCACACGUCCAGCAGGACGCCAUCCGUGUUGAUUGUUGACUUGAAUCAUCCUGGGACAAUGCGAUGUGAAUGUUUGGGGGGCGGAGGGGCAUAUUUGAAAUGCUCAAAUCGAAAUCCCAUUGAGGAUGCUUUGCUGGAUGCUCUGCCUUUUUUUUUUUUUUGCCACAUGUUUUUGCAUAGACUGAAUUAAGUCCUCAAAAUCAAAUAUUUACAGUCGACUGACUAGCCUGGCUGCUGUGUGAUUUGUUUUCCGGUGGUGGUCCAAACGCACCGCCGUUCACGUUUUAUUUCCCUGCUCCACAGUGAAUCGUGCCAUGUGACAACUCAUUUCAACAAACUCCGUUAUGCUUUGCACCUUUUACAUUUUCAAAAUAGACUCAUUUUCAUGUGUAUUUUUAUUUUCGUGUGUUGCACUUUGAUUUUUAUUCGGUUGCUAUAUUGUGGUACUUAUCGAGGUUAAAAAAAAAUGUUCUGUCACGCUUACGCCGCCUUUAUUAUUAUUUCGCGUCCCAUUUCGUGUGUGUGUUAUGGCAAUAAAGUACGGCGUGACGGCCAGGAUGAAUAAUGUCUUAGCACAACUAUAUUCUUCUUUCAAACUAUUUUUAUAACCCCAGAGGAGCAGUAUUAUUUAAUAGCGCUAGUAAAGUUAAAGUCUGGUGAUGUGUCCUAAAGAAUCGGUAAACACUGGAAAGCAAAUGUACAUUUUAUGUGACGACUCCACUUGACGUUUGUUCAUUCGACGCAGUGCUGUUGGGAUUAUUGGACGAUGUCAAAUGAUGAUGACAGAAAUAAAAAUCUAGCACAGA